AUGGCGACGGCUGUUGAGCUGGCCAUCGAGAAGAUCGAUGAGUACAAGUCGAAAAUUGGAAGAACUUUGGGUACCCCAAUGCGUCUCCGAGACCUGAUUCGACAAGUUCGAGCAGCUCGGACUAUGGCUGAAGAGCGUGCUGUGGUGGAUAGAGAAAGUGCGAAUAUACGAGAGAGUUUUCGUGAUGAUGACUCUCCUUGGAAGUGUAGGAACAUCGCUAAGCUUCUCUACAUUCACAUGCUCGGCUACCCAGCUCAUUUUGGACAGUUUACAACAAAACUUAUUCAGAUGGAAUGCAUGAAAUUGGUGGCACAUCCUCGUUUUACCGAUAAAAGAAUCGGUUACUUAGGAGCUAUGCUUUUGCUGGACGAGCGCUCGGAAGUUCAUUUAUUGGUGACAAAUUCGCUGAAAAAUGAUCUAACCUGCUCCACACAAUUUGUGUCCGGACUUGCUCUGUGCACUCUUGGCUCGAUUUGCUCUGCUGAAAUGUGUCGUGAUCUUGCAAAUGAGGUCGAAAAGAUUAUCAAACAAAACAACGCGUACCUAAAGAAGAAGGCAGCUCUCUGCGCAUUCCGAAUUGUGAGAAAAGUUCCAGAGCUCAUGGAAGUUUUCAUUCCAUGCACCCGCUCUCUUCUUGGAGAGAAAAAUCACGGAGUUUUGAUGGGUGCCACCACUUUGGUCACCGAAAUGUGUGAACGCAGUCCGGAUGUACUCAAUCAUUUCAAGAAGCUGGUGCCCAACCUCGUUCGAAUUCUCAAAAAUCUUCUUAUGAGUGGAUAUUCACCGGAGCACGAUGUGACUGGAAUUUCUGAUCCGUUCCUUCAAGUGAAAAUAUUGAGAUUGCUGAGAGUUUUGGGAAAGGAUGAUGUGCGUGUUACCGAAGAGAUGAAUGACAUUUUGGCUCAAGUUGCGACCAACACUGAGACUGCGAAAAAUGUGGGAAAUGCUAUUCUUUAUGAGACGGUUCUCACGAUUAUGGAGAUAAAGAGUGAAAGUGGUCUUCGUAUCUUGGCUGUUAACAUUUUGGGACGGUUCUUGUUGAAUACCGAUAAGAAUAUCCGAUACGUUGCAUUGAACACUCUUCUGAAGACUGUUCAUGUCGAUUAUCAGGCUGUCCAACGUCAUCGUAACGUUGUCGUGGAGUGUCUCAAGGAUCCAGACAUCUCUAUCAGAAAACGUGCAAUGGAGCUGUGCUUCGCAUUAAUGAACCGUACCAAUAUUGCCAUCAUGACCAAGGAAGUACUGAUUUUCCUCGAAACCGCCGAUGCUGAGUUCAAGUCUGAAUGCGCUUCACGGAUGUAUAUUGCAACUGAGAGAUUCUCACCAAACCACGAGUGGCAUUUGGAUACAAUGAUCACAGUUCUGAGAUUGGCUGGAAAAUAUGUGCCAGAUGAGGUGGUUUCAUGCAUGAUUCAAAUGAUUUCUGCCAAUGAACAACUUCAAAGCUACGCAGUCUCCCAACUCUACCAUGCUGCCCAACGUGAUGCCAUCAACGCUCAACCCCUCCUUCAAGUCGCUUUCUGGACCAUCGGAGAGUUUGGAGACCUUCUCCUCCAACCGACCGACGUCGACAGUACCCCAAUUUCGGAAGCUGACGUUAUCAGUGUUUUCGAGUCAGUUCUUCCAUCCGCUUUGACAUCAUUGAUGACCAAAUGCUACGCCGUGACAGCAUUGGCGAAACUUGCCACCAGAUUCCACUCAUCAGAAGAACGAAUUUCGGCUCUGGUUCGAAUGAAUCAAGCACAUAUCCAAUUAGAGUUGCAACAGCGUUCUGUUGAGUUCAAUGUCAUCAUGAAUCUGGGAGAGCUGAGAGAUGGGCUGCUCGAAAGGAUGCCGAUGAUCACUCACAACUCAUUGAAUGCAGCAGCUCCGUCUAUGGCAGAAGAUGACGGUUUCUCAGCCUCAUCCCCUGACGUUCCAGUUACCAAUGGAGAUCUUCUGGGAGACUUGAACCUAGGAGGCUCCGAUUACAAUGAGGAUCUAUUGGGAGGAGGGGGAAAUGCUCCUGCUGCUCAACAAAGCAAUUCAAACAUUUUGGACAUCUUCGGAGACUCCACACCAGCUCCGAAUAGUGAUAUUGAUUUUGGUAUAGGAACUCCUGCAGCCAAAGAGCCCACUUUCCAACCAGUAAUUGUCAUCAAUGCGAAUGGAGUCGAAGUCCAAAUUCAAGUUAUUAGUGGAUGGAACAAUGAAAGAGCUAGACUCAAAAUGACAGCUUUCAACAAUUCAUCAUUCACUUUCACGAAUUUCAAUUUCUUGGCAGCUGUCACAAAAGCAUUUGAUAUUGCACUGGAACCACCAUCCAGUCCGAAUAUUCAACCAAAUGAGCACUCCACUCAAUUCAUGACGAUUAUUAGAAAGGUUCCGAAUACAACUGCCCGAAUGAAAACGAGAAUCUCCUAUAUUGUGAACGGAGGCGAGAGAACUGGCGAAGGAUCCGUCAAUGAGUUCCCGGGAUUGUAA